AUGAAGGUGCCGGGAUACCUGCGGAGAAUGGUGGGAAGCUACUUCACCGAUAGGGUCCUGAAGUACGACACGGACGAUGGCCCCAAGGAGUACAAAAUGAAUUCUGAAAUUGUGGAAAACGGCUUUCCUUACAAAGAGAUCGAGAUAGUCAUCAACGACAAUUGGAUGGUUCUGAGAAUUCAGCGUCUCCCAUUUCCUCCGAAAGAAGGAUGGGAGCCACUCUGUGACUGUCUUUCCGACCCGACCAACACACAAGCCGAUCCAGAACCCCAAAGAGUUAUUACAGCAGCCCCAAAUCCGCCACCCCUACCCGCAUCUCCACUCGCACCUCAACCUCUGAUAACAACAAAAUCUGAUAAAUUCACCUCUUUGCGGUCAAUCGAUGUCGCCGACAACCCCAACAUGUUUCUUCUGAAAAUCCGCAAACGUUCAGAAACAAGCGAAAAAAAAAGAGAAAACCUCGACCUGGAAUUCAGAACUCCCAGGCCAUGGUUUACGAAGCCUCACGUCAAGAGGAAGAAAUCAUUUCAUGAAGAAUACCAAGAACGAAAGGAGAAUCAACCCAUUAGUGAAGAUAAAAUGCCACCAACAAAGAAGCAGAAAUCGAGAAAAGGAAAGAAAAUAGAAAUCCAAUCCUACAAUGAAUUCAUCAUGGAACGCUAA